GAAUAAUUGUUACCUUAAUAGAGUUUGAGUAUUGUUUGGAUUAUAAAUUGUUCUGGUUUUCUUAUAUGUCAUUAUUUACAUCUUUGUUUUUCAAUUAUAUUCUUAGAUUCUUUCCUAUUUUCAUGUUUAGUUGAAUUAGAUUUCCACUAGAAAAAAGAGAGAGUGUAAGGAAAUUUAAAAUAAAUGAAAGCAGAGGAAACACGCGGUACUGAGAUGAGUUGAUAGCAAAAUUUAAUAUGCGUGCUAAGCACGUUUAAUUUUAUAAGAAUUUGUUGAUUGUAUUUGUACAACAUCAGCAAAAUUGUCGUGGUAUGUUUUUAUAAAAACGAAAUGCUCUAACCGAUUGAAUAAAAUGAUAAUUCAUGAUUCACUUGGUAGAUAGGAGGAAAGUGGCCGUGAGAGAGAGAGAGAGAGAGAGGGGAGAUGGGGAGGAGACCCUGUUGCGCCAAACAGGGCUUAAACAGAGGAGCAUGGUCUGCCCAGGAAGACAAGAUCCUUACUGAUUAUAUUAAUACACACGGCGAUGGAAAAUGGAGAGACCUUCCACAAAGAGCCGGUUUGAAGCGAUGCGGAAAGAGUUGCAGACUGAGAUGGUUAAAUUAUCUUCGGCCAGAUAUUAAAAUAGGCAACAUUUCCAUAGAGGAAGAAGAUCUCAUUCUCAAACUUCAUAAACUCCUGGGUAACAGGUAUAUAUAUGCACAUAUAUGGUCCUUAAUAGCGGGAAGAUUACCCGGAAGAACAGACAAUGAAAUCAAGAACUACUGGAAUUCCAAAUUAAGCAAAAGACUACUCCCAGCAGAAAAUAAGGUUCAAGAAGAUUCAACUCAUAAACUCCAACAGACAGUAGGCAUCAUCAACAACUUGGAGACAGGGAAUAAUACUACUACUACUGCUGCUGCUUCUUCUCACCAGGUGAUUCGAACAAAAGCGUUUCGUUGCACCAAAGUUGCCCUCCCAUCACGGUUGUUAGGUGAUGAUCAUGAUCAACAAUAUCAAAUGGUUGAUACAAAUUCUACUUCUGCCUCCGAAUGUCCAUCUUGUAAUUCAGAUAUGCCAUGCCAAGGAGAUCAGAACCAUCAAAAUUUAUCCGACUUUCUGAUGGAUUUCGAUAUGAGUGAGCUGCUUAACUUAUCAGAUUUCUGUCAACCUAAUGAAAUAGCUGAAUGCCACAAUGUUGUUGAUGCUCCGAUUCCCGCCCGUAAUAACGAAGCAAAUUUCAGUUGGUGUGGGAAUUUGGGGGACAAUACUGAUGCUUUCCAACCUCAUCAAGACUUGGACUUCUAUGCGCUUUCCAAUUCGUUUUUAAAUAGGGAAUGAUGGUUAUUCAUUCUUUAUUUAGUUCAGGUCCUCAAGGACAAAUAAGCUCUUUGCAGUUCAUUGAAUAAUUGUCUACAGGGUGUUGUUAUUGUCAAUGCCGGCGAUAUUUGCUUUGUGUUCCAUAAUGAAGCUAAUUCAGGCAUGCCUUUUUUAUUUUAUUAUUA